AUGUGGCCGGCAAAGCCUCAGACGGCAGCGACGCACGAGCCGUUCCGCAACCAUGACGAGCCAGCAUCCAUGGGCGACGACCAGUACCUCCGCGCCCGUCGACCAGGGUCUGUCGGCUCAUCUGCCGGCGGACACUCGGCAGAAUCGCAGACCGGCCUCAUUGGAGCCGGCGCACCCGUCGCCCGCCACUCCUCCCAGUCGACGAACGGCACCGCAGGAAACGGGACUGGACGAGCGGGAGCGGUAGGCGCAGGAGCGUACGACGAUGGACUCGACGACUCAUACAAGGGCGGAAUGCCCAUCGGUCUCCUCGCGGCGUUGGGUACUCCCUACGCCAAGAAGCCCAUCUACAAGUCGAAGAAGUUUCUCAUCCUCUGCCCGAUCCUCACUUUCGGCGCACUCGCCAUCGGUAUCCUCCUCCUCGUCUUCCCCAUCCUCCGCGCCGUCGCCCUUCACACCCUCUCGACCUCGGUCCUCCACAUCGACGCCUCCAACAUCACCUCCCCGACGAACAGCACCUUCACCCUCACUCUCCAAGGUCAGGUCAAGAAGGUCGGCAUCUUCCCCGCCCACCUCUACUUCCACCGCCCCGUCCGCGCAUACUGGGUCAGCCCGAAGAACACGUCGCGCGAGAUCCAGAUCGGACACUUCAACCUGGACUACAUCGGCGUCGCUGCCGGACACGGUCGCAUCAAGCAGCAGACCAAGUUCUUCAUCGACGAUGAGCCCGGCUUCACCGAGUUCGCGCAGUACCUCAUCACGCAGGACCAGUUCACCUGGCGCCUCAAGUCGACCGAGGUCCAAGCCAAGGCGUUCGGUUUCAUCCCGGCCAACCACCUCGACUUUACCAAGGACUUGACGCUUCCCGCCAUGGCCAACUUCACCAACAUCGAGAUCAAGGACUUCCAACUCCCGGGUGACGACCCUGCAGGCGGUAUUUCGCUCAGCGUUGUGACCUCGUUGACCAACCCGAGUUCCUUCGGUAUCGAGAUCGGUGUCCUGAGUGUCAGCCUCUUCUACGGUGACCUGCUUCUCGGGCCGGCGCACACGUCGGGACCGGUCAACUUGACGGCGGGCGUCAACUACGUCCACCUCGUCGGCCGCCUCCUCCCGUACGAGAACGACAACGCCGCCCUGCAGAAGCUCGGCACCCUCUUCUCGGCGUACCUCAAUGGCGACACGAUCCCCGUCCAGGCUCGCGGCUUGUCGAUCGACCUGCCCGGAGGCGAGAACAUCGCUUGGUUGACGGCCGGUAUCUCGGCGCUGACGCUCAACGUCCCGCUCAAGUCGCCGACUGGUCGCAUCGCGCCCAUCACCGGCAUCACGAUCCAGGAGCUCUCCCUCCAGUUUGACCCGUCGCAGCCGUACGCUCCGCAGGCGAACUCGUCGGCCGUCUCUGCGACGUUUGGCCUGCCCUUUGGCUUCUCGCUCAACAUCGUCCGCCUCCAGAACGACUUUGGCAUCGUCGACAACCGCACGAUCGUCGCGAGUCUCUCGACGCCGUACGGCUCGUCCAACACAACCAUCACGAGUCGCAACGCCGGCUACACCCUGGGAGACAUCACGCUUGACCUGCCAAAGGCGCCGCUCACGAUUGGCCCCGCCUACACCGACCACCUCGCCUUCGACCAGUUCACGUACGACUUGACGACGACGAACGGCUCGCGCUUCCUCCUCGUCGGCAACACGAGCGCCGUCACCGACACGCCGCUCGGACAGGUCGCCCUUACCGACAUCGGCUUCACUGUCCCCGCAGGCCUCAUCGGUCUUGAGAGCCUCAAGACGUACCCGACGAUCAUCGAGAGCGUCGACGUUCUCGGCGGCACGCCGGAUGCGAUCCUGCUCAACAUCUCCGUCGGUCUUACCAACCCGUCGAACCUCGACCUUCAAGUUGGAAACGUCACGUUCCAGCUCUUCAAUGGCGACAGCUUCCUCGGUACGACCGUCCUGCCCGACUUGCACCUCACGACGGGCUUCCAGACUCGCCCCUCCGUCGGCUACUUCCAGGCGAACAACAACCAGGGCUCGCUCGACACGCUCACCGCCUUCGUCACCGGCAACGACACCCAGCUUCAGAUCUCGGGCUUCAACGGCUCGACCGCGACCGAGUCGCUCACGCAGGCCUUCAUGGCUCUCCACCUUAACGCGACCUUGCCCGGCCUCAAGACCAAGCUGCUCAACUACGCCAACUUGACGGUCCUCCCGACGACGGGCGUCACGAACGACUUUGCCGACUCGACGGUCAGCCUCGCCAACCCGUUCACGGCACCGCUCAACAUCAAGAACAUCCAGAGCAACAUCACCUCGUUCGGCCUCUUUGUCGGUUCGAUCGUUACCGACACGAACUUUGCGUCGGCGGGACACUCGAACACGGACUCGCCCACGCUACCUUUCAACCUGAACUUGUACCCUCCCGACAUCUUCUCGCUCCUCCGCGCUCUCGCGGUCGAACAAGGGAUGGCGACGGACCAGAUCGACGGCAUCGUCAAGCUCGGCGGGUACCAGUACGUCCCGACGACGCCAAGCCCGACUUCGUCACGCCGCGUCAAGCGCAGUCAGGAGUACGACGCCUACGGCUAUCUCGACGGCCUCGACGGCUCGCCUGAGGGUCUCGCCCAGAUCGGCAACGAGACGGGCGACGCUCUCGUCUUCUCGCAGGAGAGCAAACGCAGCCUCGAGAAGCGCAACCUCUACACCGGCUUCGACCUCCCGAGCUACGUUCUCAAGGCGUUCUCUGGCCUCAAAGUCAACGUCGACCUCCUCACCACGCUCAACAUCGGCGAGUACACGACCUCGCUCAAGUACUCGCAGCCGGGUGUGGCCGCCUACACCGACUCGUCCUUGACCCUCCUCCUUCCCGUCCUCGCUCGACCCAUUGUUCAGAAGAUUGUCGACGAGGCGAGCCUCGGUGUCGACACCGUCAUGAUCACGAACCCGACGACGCCUUCCUUCCAAGCCGGCCUUGUCGGCAACAUCCGCAACUCGGGUCCCUUCGACGCCGUCAUUGCCUUCGCGGAAGGCCUCACUGUCGCCUGGAACGGCCAGCCGCUCGGUCAGAUCGCGAUGCCGAACGUCUCGCUCGUCGCCGACGUUGGCGCCGACCUCAACCUCGAGGCUGCCUUCAACGUUGCCGAUGUCGGACACCUCACCGACUUUACGGGCUACCUCCUCACCGAGCCGUCCUUCACCUGGCAGAUCUACGGCCAGAACCUCGAGGUCUCUGCGCUCGGCAUCACCGUCGGCGGGAUCUCGAUCAUGAAGGACGUCGUGCUCACCGGAAUGAACGGCUUCAAGAACCUCGUCACGAUCGAGUCGUUCGACCUCCCGUACAACGACCCCGCAGGCGGUAUCCACCUCACGCUGCAGACGCAGUUGACCAACCCGUCGUCGGUCGGUGUCGCGCUCGCCGGCAUCGGCUUCCAGAACUUCUUCGGCGCCACGAACAUCGGUCCUGCCGCGUCAAACGGCUCUUUCGCCCUCACCCCGAAGUCGACGAUCCAGCUCCCGCUCGUCGGCCGCCUCAUUCCACAGUCCGACCCGAAGGCGCUCGCCGACGUUUCGACCAUCUUCAACGGCUUCGUCCACGGCGUUCCCUCCGAACUCGUCGUCCACGGCGACAGCGCUGGCAACACGGCAAGCUGGCUCGAGACGGGCAUCAAGAACCUUGCGAUCCCGGUCAUCCUUCCCGCCGCGCAGAACUUGCAGGUCAUCAGCGGCAUCAACAUUAACUCGCUCACCCUCCAAUUCAGCCAGUCGGACCCGUGGAACCCGGGUUUCACCACGACUGACACCAUCGCCUCGUUCGGCCUGCCCUUCGCGUUCCCGGUCGACAUCACCUCGUUGGCGUCGAAGAUCUACUCGGCCGACACUGGCUCGGGCAAGCGUGCUAAGCGCGCGAACGGCGACUUUGCCCUUCUGGACAUUCCGUCGAACCCGGCCAAGACCGAUGUCGUUGCGCGCACGAUUGUUCUCGCCUUUGCGAACGUCCCCUUCGCUUCGGUUGAUAACAACCUCUUCGCUAGCUUCCUCACGCAAGUCACGGACGACGUCUCGAAGACGUUCCAGCUGCACGGCGCCGCAGACACGGUUGCCGGAACCGCCGUCGGCCCGCUCAACCUCGACGGCAUCGCCUUCUCCGUCUCCACCUCGCUUUUGGGCCUGCAAGGCUUGAACGCCCAGCCUGCGACGGUCUCGGACCUGGACAACCAGCAAAUCGGCACGGCCAACAUCAACAACCUCGUCCUCGCGCCGGGCGUCAACGUCGUCCCGACCGCAGUCCACUACGAGCCGCACGGCGGCGACGCCCAAGCUGCCGGUCAGCUCCUCCUCGAGAACUACAUCCAGGAUGUCAACAGUUCGACCAUCAUUCAGGGCACGGACAGCACGACGCCGAUCGACUCGCUCAAGCCCGCUCUCAAGACGAUCCAGCUCGGCACGAUCAUUCCGGCGUACACGCAGAACCUCAUCACGCAGGCUGCCCUCACAUUCCCGAUCGACAUCGCCACGACCAACAAGGCCAGCACCAAGGUGACGCUGCAGAACCCGUUCACCGCGCAGGUCAACCUCUUGCAGGUCCUCGCGAACGCAACCUACGGCGACAACUACCUUGGACAGGUCAACACGAAGCCGAACCCGGUCUUCAGCACGGCCGGCCACUCGACUGCCACGUCUCAGGACCUUCCGUUCACCCUGAACACCGACCCGAAAGCUCUCAUCCGUUUCCUCGAGGCUGUCGCGGCGGCAAACGGCGUCGAUCUCGGUAUCCUGGUUCCGGAGUUCAACUACGUCCUCGGCCUCGACUCGACCGCUUCCUCGGUCACAACCACCGUCAACACGCAGCCCGAGACCUGCGCUCCGACCGGGACCACCAAGCUCGUCCAGGGCCUCAUUCUCGCCGCCGUCAAGAACCUCAAGACGAACCUGACGAUCCAGUCGACGGUCAAGCUCGACGACUUCCAGACGCCGCUCGACUUCAACCAGUUCAACGUUCCGACCGUCCUCGAUGACUCGGUUCUCUACCUCACCGGCAUUCUCGGAAAGACGAUCGUCUCGCACAUCGUCGACGGCACGGCUCUCACCUUCACGACUGGCCAGGUCACGGACCUCACCAACUCGGGCUUCAAGGUCGCGCUCACCGGUAGCCUCCUCAAUGCUGGUCCUUUCGACGCCCUUAUCGAGUUCCCGCAAGGCGUCCAGGUCAUCUACAAAGGCAACCACAUCGCCGACCUCGCCUUGCCGCCCAUCUGUUCGUCGGGCGGCAGCGGUGUUCCAAACCUGCAGACGACGGCGACGCUUACGAUCACCGACAAGGGUCGCUUCACCGGCUUCGCUACGGACCUCCUGCUUAACCCUGACUUCACCUGGACGAUCACGACAAACAAGCUUCGCGUCUAUGCCCUGCAGACCAUCUUCGACAACGUCUCGCUCACGAAGGACGUCUCGUUCAAGGCGUUCGACGGUCUUCCGGGAGUCACGAUCACGCGUCCCGACUUCCCGUCCGACUCGCCUCACGGCAUUGCGCUCAAGACCGAGACGGCCAUUCCUUCGCUCUCGAAUCUCGGCGUUCAGCUUGGAACGGCGACGUUCAUCGCCAAUUUCCAGGGCGUCGAAGUCGGCCCAAUUUCGGCGAAUGACCUCACUCUUGCGCCGCUCGCUACGACCGACGCUGUUCUCACCGGCGAGGUUCUCCGCCAGACCUCAUCAAAGGGUCUCAACACGCUCGGCGUGCUCUUCUCGCAGUUCUUGCAGGGCGUCAACCAGACUCUCGACGUUACCGGUCAGGAAGUCGUCUCGCCUGCGCAGCCCGACUCGCCCGUCGACUGGCUUUCGGCCGCGUUCAAGAAGCUCACGAUCCACGUUACGCUUCCUGGCGGGCACUACGACAUUAUCCACUCGGUUACGCUCCAGGACUUGACGAUCCAGAUCACCGAUCAGUCCGAGGCAUACGCUGUGCCGACUUCGAACAACCGUACUGUCGCGAUCUACCAGAACCCGUUCGGCUUCUCGCUCACGGCGAUUGCUGCUGGCGGUGACUUCUACAUCAACUACAACGGCGUCGACACCGCGCUGCUCCCGCUUCCGGUCGCCAAGUCCGUCAGCGCCGAGACGUCGACCGGCAACAACGCAACGCUCGUGCUCGACUUCAAGAAGCAGAUUCUCACCUCGCUCAACACGGGGUCGUUCAACGACUUCUUCAACGCUGUUACGAACACGGCCGACGUCAGCUUCAACCUGCAUGGUGGAGCGAAUGUCACCGCGCAGACCAACGCCGGUAACAUUCCCAUCUCGGGCAUUCCGUUCAGCGUCGGCACAAGCUUGGCCGGCAUCCAGUCGCUCAACGCUCGCCCGACCGUCGUUUCGAACCUCGAUGUCCACCACGGCUACCCGACUUACCUGCAGAUCCUCGCCGACGCGACGCUCUUCAACCCGUCGCAGAUCACCGUCAUCACAAACGAUGUCAACUUCGGCCUCGACUUCAUGGACCAGAUCAUUGGUACUGUCGUCAUCGGGAACCUCUUGCUCAUCCCCGACACGAACGUUCUCGGUACCGAGGUCCGCUACGCCCCGACUGGCGGCGCUUCGACCGCUGCCGGCAUGGUGCUCCUGGCCAACUACAUCCAGGGCAUCACCUCGAACGUCGCUAUCGCCGGUACGCCGAACACGACGCCGUACGGCUCGCUUCAGGAGGCCCUCGGCAGCAUCAAGAUCCAGACGAGCAUCCCGCCGAUCCACCAGCUCCUCGUCACGAAGGCUUCGCUCUCGUUCCCGAUCGACAUCGCCGACACCGGUAUCGCCGAGGCCUCGUUCGACCUGUCGAACCCCUUCACCGCGUCGAUCAACCUGCAGGCCCUCGUUGCGAACGCCACCUACGACACUUUCUACCUCGGCCAGAUCAACCAGCAGCCGCUCAACCCGGAGAUCAGCGCGCCGGGCCACAAGAACAUCACGUCGCGCAAGGUUCCGUUCCAGCUGACGGACGACCCGAAGUUCCUCAUCAACUUCCUCAUCGCCGUCGCCAAGGCCAACGGCGUCGACCUCGGCAUCCUCCUGCCUGAGUUCCAGUACGUCCUCAGCGAGGCGUCGACGGCGACGUCGGUCACGAGCAAGGUCAACACUGGUAAGGAGACUUGCACGCCGACUGGCACGACCAAGGAAGUGCAGAACAUCAUUCUCGCGGCGGUCAAGAACCUCAAGACCGACCUCGGCAUCCAGUCCACGGUUGCGCUCGACGAUUUCGUCACGCCCCUCAACUUUGCGCAGAACGGUGUUCCGACAGUGCUCGACGACUCGGUGCUCUACUUGACCGGUCUUCUCGGACGGACGAUCGUCUCGCACAUCGUCGACCAGGCGGAGCUCACCUUCAGCGGCGGAAAUGUCACCGACAUCACCGACAACGGCUUCAAGGUCGCGCUCACCGGUAGCCUCCUCAACGCUGGUCCCUUCGACGCGCUUAUCGAGUUCCCCGACGGCGUCGACGUCCUCUUCCAGGGCAACAAGAUCGCCAACAUCAAGCUUCCGCCCAUCUGUUCAGCUGGCGGCUCGGGCGUUCCCGACUACAAGACGACCGGUACCCUCACAAUUACCGACCAGGGCGGCUUUACCAGCUUCGCCAGCUAUCUCCUCAACAACCCGAGCUUCACCUGGGUCAUUACGUCGAACACGGUGCAGGUCUACGCCCUGCAGACGAUCUUCUCGAACGUUACCCUCACCAAGAACGUCACGUUCCAGGCGCUUAACAAGCUUCCGGGUGUCAAGCUUACGAACCCCGACUUCCCCGGCGAUGCAAGCAACGGUAUCGAGCUCACCGUCGACUCGACCAUUCCGUCGAUGUCCAACCUCGGCUUCGAGCUCGGCACGGUCAACUUCAUCUCGUCGUACCACGGCUCGGAGAUUGGUCCAGUCCAUGGCAGCGGUCUCACGCUCGCUCCUAUGGCGACGACGCCGCUCCCGCUCGAGGGUACAAUCAUCUACCGCAACGACCCGGCUGGCGUCGCCGCUCUCGGCGAGGUCUUCAGUCAGUUCUUGAUGGGCAAGGAGGUGCCGCUCGACGUCACGGGAGACUCUGUCAUCACCCCCGCGCAACCCGGCUCGCCGGUCUCCUGGCUGUCGGCAGCCUUCAAGACGCUCACGCUCAACGUCACGCUUCCGGGCAAGCAGUUCGACAUCAUUUCGGCCAUCUCGAUCAAGGACCUGAUCGUCACAGUCACACAACCGUCUGAGGCGUAUGCCGCCCUCGUCCAGAGCAACGAGACGGACGUUACCUACAAGAACCCGUACAAGUUCUCGCUUCAAGCCAUUCAGGCCGGUGGUGACUUCAUCAUCAACUACGGUGGCAGCGACGCUGGACAGCUCGAGGUUCCCGUCCAGGACGUCGUUAGCUCGCAGACCUCGACUGGCAACCCGGCGGACCUCGUUCUCGCGAUCAGGCAGCCAGGACCGCUCGUCGCCAUCAACCAGGGCACGUACAACAACUUCUUCGCGGCGAUCACGCUGCAGAGCAAUGUCGGCUUCACCCUGCACGGCGGCGCCAACGUCACCGCACGCACCAAGGCAGGGGACAUCCCGAUCAGCGGCAUCCCCUUCUCGAACAUCCAGACGACCUUCCCAGGCAUCAACGGCUUCGGCGGCAAGGCCACCAUUCCCGAGACGCCUGUCGUCAUUGGCGGAGGUUCUGGCGAUCCGUUCAACCCCUCGCCUGGCGGCGAAUUCCUCAGGAUCACGCUCUCUACGAUCCUCGACAACCCUGCGCCGCUCGUCCUCCACACGAACGACGCGUCCUUCGAGGUCAUCUACAAAGGCACGCAGGUCGGACGAGCCUACAUCAACCCGCUCGACCUGUACAAGGGCUCGAACACUCUGCCGACCGAGUUCCACUACCAGCCGGCGAACCCGGGAGACGCUACGGCCGAAGAUCUCCUCACGCAGUACCUCGAGACGAAGGGCCAGAUUCCGCUUACGAUUCAGGGAGACGGCACUUCUACGCCGUACGGCAGUCUCGUGGAGGCCUUCACGGGCGUUCACCUCGAGACGUCGUUCCCGGGUCAAGGUAUCCCGCUCGUCCACGACAUUCAGAUCUUCGUCGACUUUGUUACGGCGUUCUGCAACAACACGGCGACGUUCGACUUCAGGAUCAACGACAACUUGAAGACGUACAUCACGAUCCUCACGCUCAGCGGAACGGCGUCGCAGAACGGUGUCGUUUACGCAACGUUCGACUACACCUUCGCGAACCCGACGACGACGAACGCUGGCGAGAACCCGGGUCCGUACACCGAGCAAGUCCUCGCCAAGCUUCCGCAGGGCGCCGCCGGCAGUCUCCCGCUCCUCGUCAACAGCGCUCAAGGUGUCGACAUCGACAUCACGUCGAAGGUCUCCAUCGGUGGCUACGUGGCUCCCUCGUUCAAGUACUCGCAGAAGGCGGUUCCUUACACUGUCGUCAUCACCGCUGGUGGCUCUACUGUCCAGGGAGGCCUCCUCGGUGCACUGGUCGGCUUCUUCGGCGAGCUCGGCAGCCUAUUCACGUGUAUUGGCGGCGCCUUGUCGCCGAAGGGCCCGAUCCCAGGCUUGCUGUCGACUCUCCUCCACAUCACAGCGCCCAUCUCGUCGAUCGUCUCUGUCGUUCGUUCGGACGUCUCGAGCGUGAUCUCGGGCGUCACGAGCGUCGUCGGCAGCGUCACACCCGAGGUCGGAUCCGUCGUCUCGGGCGUUACGAGUCUCGCAGGAUCGGUCGUUCGCGACGUUACGUCGGUUCUCCCGACUCCCGCCGCGUCUGCUGUCGGUGCCGCCACAAGCGUCGCCGGUGCUGCCGCAGGUGCCGCAACGAGUGCGGCGGGAGGUCUUGUCUCGAAGGCGGCUGGAGCGGUCGGCAGCGUUGCUGGUGGCCUUGGUCUCCGCGAGCGUGACCAGCUCGCCCUCGAGGAUGUCUUCGCGCAGCCUACGCCGACCGCCGUCCCUGUUCACACAGGAGGCAACUUUGGCGCCGUCGACGAUCUCACGCCGACCUCGACCGUCGAGGCUGACGCCGCGAGCCCCACCAUCACGCCUACGCCGAUCGUCCAGACGUACACCCCGCUGCGACCCGAGGACAGUCUCGCGAUCGCCGCGUACCAGGGCGGCGUCGACCCGGCCGUGUUCUCGCGCGUGCUGAAGAAGUACGGCUACGAGCUGGGCGAGGACGUGCAGGUGUACCGCCAGAAGCGCGAGGAGCGCGAGCGCGAGGCGAAGCUCAAGAAGCGGACUGAGGAGGUCGAGAAGGCGCAGAAGAAGAAGCGGUGGGGCAGUCGGACGCACUGA